CAAUGUUACGCGUCGGCCUCCGGUUCGCUCCCGAGCUGCGGACGCCGCGCGCCUGCGGCCCGCAGUGCGGCACCAGCACCAGCGGCGCUGCAGGAUGGGUUGCCUACCUCGCGGGAGCGCUCCGCCUCACCCUAUCCAUGCCUCUGUGCGUUGCAGGGAGAAGCUCACGCACGUCAACACCACGUUCCACGAGAACGGCACCAUGACGUACAUGGCGGUGAGGCAGGCCAUCUUCCUUCCGGAGCUCAACACGCUCAGCCUUAACGACACCCUCACCGUGCCCAACCUGGCCGUCUUGGGCAUGGCGUCGUACCUGCACGACGCCUCCUUCUUCACCAAGCUGGCCUUCAACGUGAUCCUGCAGCGGCUCGACUCCAAGCCCCUGGCAAACGUGACCGUCCAGGAGUACAUGUGGAACCUGACAGACCCGCUGGUGGACGUGACGCGCAAGCUGGUCCCCCACCUGGUGCCCGUCGAGAAUAUGGGUGUCCUGCACACGAUCUACAACGACUUCACGGACGAGGUGUCCGUGUUCAUCGGGCCGGAGAACGAGCGUCGCUUCUUCCAGAUGGACCGCUUCCACGGCGACCGGAACCUGGGCUGGUGGCCCGCCGACCGCUGCGACUCGGUGUACGGCAGCACGGAGGGCGUCUCGUACCACCAGGGCGUCCUGGCCGACGACGAGCUGCGGUACUUCCGGAAGACGCUGUGCCGCGUCACCCCGCUCUACUUCGCGCGCGAGGAGGAGCGGCUCGGCAUGAGGGCGCUGCGCUUCGAGCUCCCCGACGACGUGUACGACCGGCCGGCCAACGCCACGCCCGAGACGGACUGCUACACGAGGCCAUACCAGAAGCCGCUGCCGUCCGGGCUCACGGACCUCGCCCCCUGCUACUACAAUUUCCCGGUGGCCGCCUCCAUGCCGCACUUCUACAGUUCGCCGCACCUGCACGAGGUGGUGGGCGGCAUGCAGCCGGACCGCAGCAAGCACCACUCCUACGUCAUCGUCGAACCGACGACAGGAGUGCCGAUGAACGCCGCAGCCCGGAGUCAGUCGAAUCUGAUCGUGCACGACGUGGGCGACAUCCACGGUGUAGGGAGGUUCUCCAACCAGGUCAUCCCCAUGUUCUGGGCCGAAUACAACCAGGUCGGGCUUCCGUGGUACAUCCAGUUCACCAUGUACUUCACGGUGAUGGUGCUGCCGUGGUCGCAGCGCCUGUGCACGGCCGCCAUGAUGCUGGCCGGCGUGCUCAUGGCCGUGCUGGGCUACCGCCGCGCCGCGCGCCGCCACCGCGCCGUGCGCAGGCGGCUCCUCAGGCGGAAGGCCGCCGCCGCCAAGGCAACACCGCUGUCGUCCUACAGCUCGCUGGACCUCUUGCCCUCCUCGUCGGGGUCCUCGACGGGGGCGUCGUCGGCGGCCUCAACGAGCGGGUCAACGGCGGAGACACCCCUGUCGUCGUCCAACUCGUCCUCGUCAGAGAGGGUAGCCUCCAGCUAGACACGUUUUUUAAAUAAUUUAUUUCUUUCGGUGCUGAAUCGGUUCCGGGGAGGGUCGCUGCCGCGUCCAACUGGGACUGUGAUGGACCGAGGACCAAAGUUCCUUUCGCACGGGGUGGCCCAGUCAUGCCCCAGUGCUCAACCCUGCAGUCCGUCCCUAGUUUUGCGUGUACAAGCGGUCUGCUGGAGCGAGCAAAGUAGUUCGUAAGAAUGGCUCGUUGAAGACUGUUUUUUGUAUAGGCCUCAAACGAAAGAAAAUAUACCCACUGAGGUAUAAACUUCCAAACGAUACCGAAACCACAUCGUUUCGAUGUUGUCUCACUGGAAAACGGAGGGCCGGCGGCGUUCUUCCUAGCUAAGACUGGUUCCAUGUUGCUUUCUAGCAGUGAGCGAGAUGUUAUCUGGUAAUUUUGAAUUCCUGUUUUAAGGUGGCUCUUUUCUUAGCACAACUACCAGCAUAGAGAAAUGUCACAGUCCAGACGCAGAGUACUGACGCACGGAACGUAACUUUUCCCGAGGCAGAGCGCCUGCAAGGCGAAGGAUAUACCAACCCGCAAAGCAGCUGUGUAGGGCGGCCCAGACUGAGUGUCCAGUCAUGUGGGUGGACUUGGGCCGUCUGCAAAGGGAACGCUUGUCGUGUUGCACUCCACGUUCACAGUACGUAACCUUUAAAAAAAGGGGGGGGGGUGUAAAAAGUCGCCGACCCCAUGUCCAUUGCUAAACCCAAUAACACGUGUGCCUGCUGUGAGCCGCAACCGUUUGGUGUCGUCCCCCAGUAAUAGGAAAUGGCCUAAUUCCGCUACCGCGACAGUCCUAAUAAAACAUCAGCGACCAAAGUGUACCGGGCUUAUUAUUUACCAAAGCGGUGCUAAUGCAAGAAGCUCAUAAAUAGAAUUUUAUAGUCAUGACUAUGGCAGUGAUGUUUUUAUACAGAUUCAAUCAUGUCCGUGUCUGUCCCUAUGUAAACGCCAAAUUUAUAAGAACAAUCACAUUUUUUUUAAAUACCGGGUUCCGCUUGGCAAUUAGAGGUCUCUAAGGAGAAAGACCUCAAUUUGAGUUUGGCAUGUCAAAUGACAGAAAAAAAUCGAAUCAGUAAGAGGUGGGCAGGUCAACAGGGUCUUAUUUUUAAGCGGGUAGGUAGCUGUAAUAAUUCAGUCCAAAAUCCCUUAAGCAUGCUUAAGUUAGAAAAUAUUUUAUUUGAUGUUAUUACCAUAGUAGGGAACUUUUUCAAAGUCUGCUCCUGAAUUUGUUGAAAGUUGGCCGAUGAGGAAACAAGAAUGGUCUGUUCUCACUCGUCAAGGCUUUGUAAAUGUCAUUUUCUUUCGCAAAUCUAAACUAUUUUAAGGAUAAAAUGUGUACCGUAACAAUAUCGUAAAUUCUUGGGUAGAUAAUAUGAGCUGCUUCGUUAUAUGAAUUUCAAUUAUUAGAGAUGUGAGUCAGCAAAAUUGUGCACAUUGAAUUAUCAUGUCGAAUUGCUUAUGCCUUGUGGUUUGUUUAAUUUUUAUCAAAUUGAUUUAGAAACUAGUUACACAUGUUAUGUUGUUCCAUACAUUGCUCAACACACCAAAACUGCGGGUACAAGUGUAUUUUGUCAUCUAUUUGUACAAAGACAACCCUUGUGGAACAAGGGCCUCUCACAUACAUGUACGAUUUAGGAAGGGCACUUUUAUUGUCACCCUUGAGCCCUUAUUACCUUAGGUUUAAAAGUGAUUAGUAGUUAUGUUUUGUCUGUGAUUACUAUUUUAUACCGCCUAAAAAUGUUAAAUAAUACACUUUUCAUGUAAGAAAGCAAUAAAUAUUUCUAUCAACAAA